UGAAGCUUCAAAGCAAGCCGGCGCAAUGGAUGAGCAGUGCAACCUUUUUGGAAGGUGUGCAUAAACGUGGGCUCAUCAUGAACGACGCCAAUGACUGCCAACGCUUCACAUGACCUCGGCAAUUCUCGUUGUCUCUGAUGCAGCACCUGGCAUUUGUGAAGCUUCCGGAUCCUUGCCGUGGAAAGAAGCUGAUGCUGUAGGCAUCGAAGGGCACUCAUUGUGGAGACCAUGUCCAGAGAACUGUCCCAUCCGAAUGCACCUUCCGGGCGAAAGCUGUGAAUUCACCUGCGUCAAUGGAUCGUUGGGCAGCUGCACAGACAUGGCAAUGAACGUGGCUGAUGUGGCCAAAGGAAUUUGCAGAAGCUGCGAAAUUUCAGGCUGCCAAGUUUGCAGUCCGGAGGAUCGCUGCAAUGAGUGUGCAGUUGGCUUCUACCUUUCAAAGGAUGGGAAGGCUUGCCACAGCAAGUACGCCUUCUUUGCUCCCUGUGUUUAUGCAAUCUUGGGCGUGUUCUUGCUGACCAUGGCCUCGUGGUACCUUUGGUUGAGAAAGCAGCCAAUCGUCAAUCUAAGAGUGUUGAAGCGUGCGGUCAUACGCCGCCACCACAUGAACUUGCGAGAUCACACUACGCAGCAGCACCCUUGGUACCCACUGUCAACCAAUCUAUGCCGUGCGAGAGCUGAUGGGCACAUUGUUGGGGGCAGGGCCCUUUUGAUGUUUUUCAGCUUUCAAGCCUUUGUGAUCUCCUGGACUGUUUUUGCAGCAUGUUCCUGGCUCAUGUGUGCUUGGGCAACAUUGCCCUGUUUGGAAAAAUCAGGAGCUCUGUGAGAGAGAUGCCCUGCUGCAGUGCUGCAAGUAGUGCUGCAGCUCAUAUCGAAUUCAUAGAACGUUUUGAUGCCAGGUUUCAAAAGCGCCACUACUGAGUGAAGGCACCAGAUAGACGAUAGCCCCGGGCUGUAGCAUGAUCACCCCUGC